AAACUUUUACCAGAUUUUCUGUACCAAGAAACCUUUUUUUUUUCCUUGGUAAGAAUUCAUAUAGAGAAGAAACCCUUUGGGUUUUUCUCCUACGUGUUAAAUAAAUAUUUGCCCUAGGGCGGAGCGCGAAUAAAUUGUACUCGGGGUCUAUACAUUUUUAAAUAAUUUCUUUUUAUAUGCAGAAUGUCCGAUUCCGAAUUUGAAUGCUCUGAUUUAUCAGGAAGCGAAUCUGAAGAGAGCGUCACAAGCGGUAGCGAUCUAGAAUAUAGUGACAAUUUUGAUGGAAACAUCGAUUCUUCAAAGGAAUGGUGCGAGAUAAACACAGAAAAUCCUCCUCCCCCUCCUCCACGCUUUCGUUUUCUGGCAACUCCUGGGUGUACUUUUACUCUAAAUGAUAUGUUCGAUCCGUUAGAAUAUUUCAGAUUAUUUUUUGAUAUUAAGUUAAUUAAUAUUAUUGUUAAAGAAACUAACCGUUAUGCGAUGCAACAACCAAAAAGAACCAGAAAGCAUUGGGAUUCCAUUACAACAGAAGAUAUUUAUGUAUUUCUCACAAUUUGUAUAAUUCAGGGAAUUAUCCAUAAACCGGAGGAGAGGAUGUACUGGAACACGAAUGAAAUAUUUCUCACGCCAAUUUUUAGUAAAUUGAUGCCAAGAAACAGAUUUUUACAAAUAAAUAAAAAUUUACAUUUCAACAAUAAUGACAAUUACGAUUCGACAACCAAUCCCGAUUCGAAAAUAAAUAAAAUUUGGUCAAUAGUAGCAAAUUUAAAUAAAAAAUUUUCACAUCUUUAUGUACCAGAAAGAGAUAUAUCAGUAGACGAGAGUCUUAUGCUUUACAAGGGUCGUCUUUCGUGGAAACAGUACAUUCCACUGAAACGGUCUCGUUUCGGAGUGAAAUUCUUUAUGCUAUGUGAAUCUGCAUCCGGCUACUUGUACAAUUUUAUAAUUUACACCGGAAAAGGUACUAGUUUUAAUGAAAAAUACCAAGAAAUGCNAAUUAAAACUUUUACAUUCCGUUAUUUUUAUUCCAAGUAUCCGUCUCACGCGAAUACUACGAACACAAUUAAUGUUAAAUUAUAA